UAAUCAAUAUUUUAAUUUAAUCGGAAAUUGUAAAGAAAUACAAAUAAGAAAACAAAAUAUCGGUCACACAUAUGUACAUACAUAUGUACAUAGCGCCACAAUAAAAAUAAUAAAACAAAUGAACAGCAACAAACCUAAAAACAACAAUAACAAACACAAGUCGUGGCAAAUCAUGGAAAAGCACCUAUAAUUAAAUAGUAAUGUCCGUGAGAAAAAUGUCAGCUUUGUUUUGGUAAGCGCCUCAAGCAGCUCAAGAGUCUCAAGUCGGCAACAAUAGACGGCAAAACAAGCGCGACCGACCAGUUAAACAGCUGCAACGCGCACGAUACGAAGCAUAUGCAUAGGCGUUCGUGCAAUAAAAAUCAAAAACCUUUAAAAAAAACCUUAUAGAAACCCCGUGUGUGCGAAAUAAAGUGUGAUAUAAUUGCUUGUGUAAUAGAUAAAGGUUAUCUGCAAAAAAAAAAGAAAAGUAAACAAUUUUGUGUGCGUUAGAAAGAAUUGAAAUUGCGCUCAUUUAUGUUUACGCGUUAAACAAAUUUUAUAAGCAGAAAAUGUUGUCAAGCAAUGGCAAUCAGGCCCAAUAUGUGUACUUUUUAUUGUCGGGCACAGUGGCAAUGGUUAUUAUCAUACUCGCCUACGUAUCAGUGCGCACAACACUAGAUUCUAAGUUACGCGAAGAUCUUGGCUCAUUACAAAAAUCCUAUUUAUAUGUUAAGCCAACGCUGUCAUGGGAAUACAACAACUCUUGGCGUCAAAUUGGCAGCAAAUCGAAUCACUUAAUAUACUCGGCAUAUUUCGAUAAUAGAUUAGAUGUGAUUGAUACAAUUGUUGAUCAUGAAACCAGAGUUCCCAUAGGUUCAUUGCGUAUAAUCGCUAUACUACCUCGGCAGUUCGAGGAUGUCAUUACGUGCACCAUCAGAUUCGAGGACUUUGUCGAUGAAUUUGUCGAUGUGCAAGUUCAUCCACUGAAAGAACAUCAUGACUGCAAAUUCGCUCCUUAUUCGAUCAUGUGCCCUCUAUAUGUGAAUCGCAACAACACUGUGAUGCGCCUGCCACAAGCAAUAGCCAUUUCAUAUCCAUCGAAUAGACUUAGUAAACUGAGUCCAACAUUUGUGCCAAUCAGCUAUCCCCGCGACAUAGACCAAUUGUUCGCACUCUCCAAGCCCGUACUCUCGGUUUGCGUCGGCACACUGCAACAAAACUACUCGGAUGUUUUGCGCGUCGCAGAAUUUAUUGAAGUUUAUCGCAUUCUGGGCGCUCGUCAUUUUUACUUCUAUCACCUCUCCGCUAGUGAGGAUGUGAUGCGUCUAUUAAAAUACUACCAACGUGAAGGCAUCGUCGAUAUACUGCAGUGGAAUGUACCACCUGAGUUAUUGCCUGAGGUACACUAUAUAGGCAAUAUGGCACAAAUUAACGACUGCGUAUACCGGGCUAUGGUUGUAGAUAACUAUCGAUAUGCCGCCAUAGUCGAUUUGGAUGAGAUACUCAUUCCGCUCAAACAUAAUUCUUUAUUAGCUUUUUUGCGCCAGUGUGAUGAGGGACGUACCUCAGCUUAUGUCUUUCGCAAUGUCUUCUUCUUUAAGCUCGACAGUAAUGACAGUUUUAGCCUGCCAGCUCAUACACGCAAUCGCUUUCUAUAUACACAAAUGAAGGUGCGACGUACGUUAGAAAUUUUACCCGCACAUCAACGAAGUAAGUGCAUCGUGAACACACACUCCAUUAUCGAAAUGGGUAAUCACUUUGUGUGGCGUGAUGCACCUGGCUAUACCGAGGCGAUUGUGCCACAAAGUGUGGGUCUACUUUUCCACUAUCGCAAUCAAUGCAUCAAUUGUAAGGCCCAACUAAUUGUGGACUAUACCGCGCGUCGCUUUGGAUCGUUGAUAUGGGAUCGAGUGGAUGAAACUUGUGGGCAUGUUUUUACAGAAAGAGGUAUAUGCGAGGCGACGCAGAAUUAAGGGGGAAGUUGAGGAACUUGUGACUAAAAAUGGGAGAUAGACAAAAUUGCAUUGUUCAAAAUUUUUAAUUAAGAUAAUUUAUUAAU